CCUCGCGCAUCGCAACGCGCCCAAGUUUUGUUUGACAGCGGCAGAUCAUACGAAACACAGCAACGACACCGACAACAACAACAACAACCACCCGCCCACCACCACGCCUCUCGUCAUCUAGUCACCGUGGGCGCACUUCCAACUACACAAGCAGCCCAUGACAGUGCAAUCUUCGGUAUUCUGCUGGCCAUGAACGGCACGCCUCGACGAGGACCCGGCGGCUUUCCCGCAACGCCGCAGCAAAACAAGGGCUCGCCAUUCAACCAAAGCUUCAGCUCCAAUGCUUCCACAUCCACUCCCAGUCGCCCGAAUGUGCGCUCUCCUCUGCAAGAGGUCCCCAAAGCCUCACCCGCAUUAGAUUCGCAGCCUGUCAUCCCCACACAUAUGCUCGAUGCUGCACAGCAACGUUUCUACGUUACCUCCUUCUACAUCGCCUUGCUGGCAUGGAAACUCUACAACCGAUGGACCUUGGAGGAUGACUCUCUAGUUCUGUGCCUCAAAUGGGCCUUCAUAGAUCUAUGUUUCAUCUUUGGGGUCCCCCUUCUGGAUAUUCCUUGGAUGCAAUGGAGCAAUGGAACCGCUUUCUUUUUCUUCGUGGCCCACGCGGUUGUGGAUUGGUUCCUCAUGUAUCGCAUCAGUAUUCCCUUCGGUGCCAUGUUCGCCCCGUUCUAUGCCUUCCUCUUCCAGGGUGAGACCGCCAUCAACGAGCAUACCGUCAAGCCCGCCGACAUCUUGCACAACCCGAACCUUAUUCUGGGAAAGCAGAUUGUCAACAUCCUCCCCGAGGGCUCUGCGAUAUUGAACCCCAACCAUGAGUCCUUUUGUCUCAACUCGUCUGUCACUCAAAUCGAGUUGCCUAUUCUCGUGAACCAAACAGAACCUGUCGAGAUGGAAAUGGUGCGCAUCGAUAUCGAAAACAACUACAACGAGACAAUCACCAUUAAACAAAAGGAGCUCCGGAAGCUCAUGAACAAGGCGAAGAAGGCAUCGAAAUACAUGGAUCCUGCAGACCCCGUGGUUCUCAGGUAUCCUGUGAAGAAGAAAGGCGUGUAUCUCCUGAAGAAAGUCACCGAUCAGUCCAAGCUCCAAGUGCGCCCGCGCAAGUCGAAUGUGGUCAUUGCACAGUGCCCACAGGCCAAAAUACGCCCAACUGGGGAGAAUCGCUGCCGAAACGACGUAUCUGAUAUUGCUUUGGAAGUGGAGGGAGUUCCUCCACUUGCUGUCAAGUAUCGUCUUACCGUCGAUGACAAGCCGCGAGGAGGCUCCGAGUUCCAAAACCUCCAGGCCGACGAUGUCGUUUCGCCUUUAUCGCGGCAUACUUCUCAAGCUUUGGUCAAGAGUGGGGACGAGGACGUGUCCUGGGCACGCUCAUCCAAGAUUACGGUCCCGUUGAACGAGACCCUUACGACGGGUACCAAAUGGGCGUAUUCGAUUGAGGAGGUCCGAGACGGCCUUGGAAACUAUGUCAACUUCGAGAUGGUGGAGGACGAAGAUCGCCCAAGGGUAAAGAUCGCCGACCUGUCGCAAUCUCUACACGUUCAUGAGCGUCCAAAAGUGCAUCUCAAGGAAUGCAACCCGCAGAACCCCCUUCAGGUUGCCAAAGGCCAAUCAGCUCAUCUCCCCAUUCAUUAUUCAUCGACUGGAAAAAGGGCUAUCAACUCUGCGCAUGCCAUCGAAUACCUCUUCACGCCCGAACAGGAUAUCGUCGCCGAUGGGUAUCAAAGUUCAGACGCCCAACUCAAAAAGCAGACUUUGAAGAACACCUAUGAACAACCUCUCAUCUCUGCAGCAGGUCUGUAUACUCUCAAGUCCAUCUCAACGGAUUUCUGCACAGGUGAAGUUCUCGAACCUACCUCAUGUCUGUUACAGAACCCUCCCCAGCCAGAUCUUACUCUGUCCAGCGAGGACAUCGUUGAUAAAUGUGCCGGGAACCCUAUUGGUCUUCGCGUCGCUCUGGACUUCACCGGAACUCCUCCUUUUCAUCUUACUUACACCGAACAAAAGAAGGGUUACAAACCAAAGACACGUCACCAGCAGGUUGGCUCACUCCGUGGCUCCGUGGAUCUUACCCCCGCCGAAGCUGGUCAUUACACCUAUACGUUCAAGGAAAUCUCGGACGCAGUGUACCAAGGCCACGUCUUGGACAACCUUGUCCUUCAGCAAGACGUCAAGCCACCUGCUUCUGCUCAUUUCAUCGAGGGCAACCGACCAAAACAGGCCUGUAUCGAUCAAACAGCUGAAUUUGAUGUGCGUCUUGUGGGCGAGGGGCCGUUCCGCCUAGAGUAUGAGAUUGUUCACAAUGGCAAACGUGCCAAGAAGACGGUCGACGUUGAGGAUUCGCAUUACACCAUCAAGACAGACAACUUGAAGAGUGGUGGCGAGUACACCGUGGCUCUUUCAAGUAUAACCGACAAGAUGAACUGCAAGGAUUUCUUGAAAGACGAAGCUAAAGUCAAUGUUCGCCAUGAGCGGCCAAAGGCUUACUUUGGAUAUAUUGAAGGCAAACAAUCAAUCAUGGGUCUGGAAGGUAGGAAGGUUGACCUUCCGGUACGACUCACUGGUGCUGGGCCAUGGCAAUUGGAGUAUGAAAAUCUCGACACCGGCUCGAAGGAAAAGACUACCAUCUCUGGCGCCAACUCACAUCUUAGCGUCAAAGAGCAAGGCACCUACCAACUACUUCAUGUGCGUGAUGUCGUGUGUCCCGGAUUUAUUGAAGAAAAAGCAAGCCAGUUCAACGUCGGCUGGAUCUCGCGACCUCAGAUUAGCAUAGCUGAAUCUCCGUCCAUCGUGUUUGAAAAGGGCAAAUACAUCAAGGACGCGAUCUGCGAAGGCGAUGAGGACUCAUUCGAUGUAGCAAUCACCGGAAAUGCCCCUUACGAUUUCUCCUACAGACAAGAGUACAAGGAUCAGAAGGGCAAGACGACUUCUGUCAGCGAGAAAGACGUCAAAGCACCAGGUGGCGCUGCAUCCAUCCGCGCCGAAACUGCCAGAGCUGGUGUAUAUGAGUACACCUUCACGAAGCUCGCCGACAGUCGUUACGAUCAUUCCAAGAAACAUUUCACCCCUCUCUUUGUCCAGCAAACCGUUAACCCCCGCCCAUCGGCGCGUUUCGAUAAACCAGGAAAGACUUAUCCUUACUGCGCUGGAGAGACUGAUGGCGAGGAAGUGAUACCUGUCACUCUCGAAGGCAUUCCUCCUUUCUACUUAGAGGUGGAAAUCAAACAUGCCGGCUCAGUGACACCCGAAAUCAGCUUCCAUCGCGAUAUCACAACUACUAAAUACGACCUGAAGAUUGAACACCGCAAACUCCAUCUCGGUCAGUCUUCCGUCUCUAUUCGCAAAGUGCGCGACGCUCGGGGCUGUGGCUACAAACCCCCACCAGGCGGCCCGCGGGUGCAAAUCAGUGUGCAUGACGCCCCAAGCGCAACUUCGCUGGACGACAAAUCCGACUUCUGCGUUGGCGAGCGCCUUUCUUUCGCGCUGGGUGGUCAACCUCCUUUCACUGUUUACUAUACCUUCAACGGCUCCCAACGCAAAGCAUCCGAGUCGCGCACCACCUUCCGCCGUCUCGCUGAGCUCCCUGGAACUUUCACCAUCACAGGUCUUCGCAACACAGAAUCCGAGUGCCUGGCCACGCUCGACAUUACAAGGACCAUCCACCCCAUCCCUACCGUACGCUUAUCUGGCGGCGUCGUCUCCUCCGUCGAUAUUCACGAGGGCGGAGGCACCGACCUGGACUUCACCUUUACGGGUACACCACCGUUCGAGUUUACUUACACCAAGAGCACGAACGCGGGUAAAGGGCGCAAGAGCAAGGUCCUGGAGAUCCGCACCGAGACGAGUCACGAGCACACGAUGAAGAUCCCUGUACAGGAAGAGGGUACGUACGAAGUUGUCAGCAUCAAGGAUGCAUGGUGUAGUUUUAGCAAGGCGUUUGAGGGUGUGGAUGGUGCGAGAGGGCAGAAGCUGUUGACCUAG